AUGCCUCCACCCGCGAAUCGCCCACGCGAUGAGAUUGUCGGUUCAGACAGUGGGCCCGAAGCUCCAUUUCCUAUCAAACUCAGCGGUCCCGUCAUCAAAGGCUUCGGGCGCGGAAGCAGAGAGCUCGGCAUCCCAACGGCCAACAUCCCUAUCGCCGGGCUCUCUGUCGGCGGCCACAGCACACUCGCGUCCGGCGUCUACUUUGGCUGGGUCGGGCUCGACACCAGCCGGAGCCAUGCCAGCAGCAGAAGCGGCCCGGAAGACACAUACCCAGCCGUGUUAUCCAUUGGCUACAACCCGUUCUACAAAAAUACCGUGCGCAGCGUCGAGGUGCACAUCAUGCAUGCCUUCACGACCGACUUCUACCAUGCGUGGCUGAAUCUGUCGAUUCUGGGGUUUAUCAGGCCUGAGUAUGACUAUGAUGGGGUGGACAGGCUGAUUGAGGAUAUUCGGACGGAUAUAGAGGUUGCGGGCAGGAGUUUGGCGCGGGAUGGAUGGAGGCGGUGGAGGGAGGAUGCGUGGCUGCUUGAGUUUCCCGCGGAGGAGGAGGGCAAGAAAAGGGGGCAUUUGUGA